UGGGGACGGGGUUGUCGGAGGAGGGGUAACGCGGAAUGGAGAGAGGUUGAGUGAGCACCACGAGGGGAAAAAUUCAGCAGGGGAUGUAAUUCUUCACCAAGCACAGAGAAGAGUAGAGACCCUUGUUGACCUCUUCGCCUUACCUGUGGACAGGUAGGAAAAAGCAAGCAUUUCCGCAUUCAUGAUGGCGCCCAAGUAGACAUUUUACGCAGUCUUGGGUGGUUUAGUGGUUGAUUUCUUUUCACGAUUACGUCAGGUACUUGGUAGCAGAAACUGUUUUUGACCUUAUAAGUGCAGCUGUGCCGUUUGGCUUCUUCUUUUUUAUUAUUACUUUGAAUUGCGCAGCUUACGGCAAACUCAACAAUGGUGGGACCAUCAUCGGCAUCGUUGUCUGGAUUCUCUAUGGCAGGGUACAGUGGAGCGUCUUUUCGCCCUCAGCUGCCCAUUGCACCCGUCGUCUACCCGCCUUAUUGCGGAAGGGGUUGUACUGCAAGGUAUUUUAUGCAGUCCAAAAUUCUUGCAGUAGCAGCCAUCUUCUUGGGACUUGCCUUUGUUAUCGCAUUUGCUUGUGCUUUCCUGCCUUUUUGGUUCAUCCUCAAGUUCAACAUUUUGGACUCGACUUUUGGCACGGAAGGUACACGGAAGAUCGUCGCGAACGCUGGCAUAUUUUUCUACGACGAGAAAGAGUAUGUCAGCUUGAUUCUUCUUGAGAAAUCGACCAACAGAGUUGUCAUCCCACCUGUAACCAAAGUUGCUCAGGUCAUGGAAAUGAUCAGUUUGUGUGGAGUUUUCUGCACAUUUGCUGGCGCCACCAUCCUGGCUUUUCGCAAAGUACAGCUCUGUGACAGGCGUCAUGUUCCUGGCUGCUCUUGCCGUUAUUUCUGCCCUGGGACAAAUUCUGAUGGUGAUCUUCAGCAUUCUGACAAUAGUAUUAAGCAACAAUGCAGUAUGUGAAAGUGGUGAUAAUGCCUGCACCUACAGAGACAACCUUGUCUGGAGAAAUCUCCCAUUUUUUCAGGAUUAUGUUCGCUUCAAUCAGCACACUACUCCACAGAUUGAAGCAAACUGGUCUUUCUACAUUGCCAUCAUUGGAGCAGCUCUGUCAGUUGCUAGUGCCGUCUUGCUUUGGAUUGAGGGGUUGAAAGUGUGCAACACCAUUGGAGACAUCCGUUACCGCCAGCUUCGUGAAAAGCGAAAUGUCCUUGAUGAUGAAAAGGAACCAACAGAUUUCAUCUUUUCUCCACCUGCUCGCAGUAACAACAUCGUAUUCAGUGAAGCCCGCAUAUGCAUCAGCUGCAAGACCAACAUUUCAAAAGGCCCCACAGGCUAUCUAUCGUCCUCCACCUUCUGUCAGUGGCGCAAGCUCUCAGAGUGGAUCCUAUGGGCCACGUGAAAUUAAUCUGUAAAAAAAUGUUUACCUCUCCAUUCUGGUAUGGGUACAUCAUUUGAACAAUAGUUGAAGACUUUUCUCCCAUGCUGAAGACUAUGAUAUAAAGCAUAUUCAGCAUUUAUAAUGAUGCUUUCUUACAAAAUGAAUCGGGUGGGGAUGUUCAAGUUUUGUUUACCAGUUUUUUUUUAAUUAAUUUGAAAAUGAGCUAUUAAUUUUCCAAGGAACUAACUGGUAAGAAUUGUAUCUGGUUUUCAUUGUCAAGAUCUUUGCCUAAGCUAGAUUUUAUGCUUGAGUAGACACAUCAAUAUUACACACCUUUGCAGAUAUUAGCAUUUUUGGUGUAUUGGAAUAGGUCAUGUUUAUGUUUUUGAAUGGCACAAUAAUCUUUCACUGUACAUUUUAAAAGGAAGAAAUCUUAUACUAGAAGUUUUUUUAAUACAUUGUGACAGAGUUGUAGAUGCUUCUUUGUAUUCAUGCAUAGCUGUACAUUUUGCGUUGUAACUUUUUGAGCUGCUUAAUACAAUAUAUAUUUAAAUAAUAAUGAAACACUUAAUUUGAAAAUUAACAUAGAGGUAGUAAUGAUUUUGUCCAUAUUAAGGAUGGUGUUUAGGGGAAAGAACUGUUCUGUUUAGCCGGGAUUAAAAGAUCUAUUCAAAAAAGUCUAUAACAUCAGCAAAGUGUUUUUAACUACUAUAAGACUGAAUUAUUAUGGCAUGAUGCUGUUUUUUCAAAGAUUUAUCGUGGCAUGAUGCUAUGUUCUCAUUAUUUUUCCUUCCUCCUCCCAGUUCCUCCAAACACUUUCUCUUUUUCAUAUUUGUGUUGCAUUGGAAUGUUUCUUUUAUUACAAAACAUUUGGGCCGUCAUGAAAGGUACACUGUUUUCAAAGCUAAUAAAGAAAUAAGUUAAAUUAAAAUUGAGGGAUUAUUGCUUUUGCCUUAUACAUUCCACAAUGGAUAAGUGCUAAGAAUAUUUGACAUUAAAGUAUUCAAAGAUAGUUAUUUUGUAACCUCAGCAUGAAACAUUUUGUUGCACUUCCUAAGAAUGCUUUGGUGGUAAAGUUGAUACAUUAUCUAAUACAUUCCAAAUUUCGAUAGUCAUAGGGUAUAAAAGCAUAGUUAAAUUUUGUAUAUAUUUUGUCAUAAGUGAUUGAAUUUUAUCUAAUCUUGAAAACUGAAUUUGUAAUGUUCGCUGUAAAUGUGUUGUUGUACUCCACAACAUUUACUUUCAUUUUUAUAAUCUAACCUUGAAAUGUCAAAUAAAGAAUUUUAUUCAU